AUGAGCCACGAGGAAGACUACACUACCAACAUCGAUGAGCAGCUCCUCACUGCCGUUAAAAACCAGGUCAAUGGUCAUGGCCUUGACGAGGCCACUAGAGUAAAACUCGAGCAUUCCAAGAGCCAGGACCCUAACCUGGACCAACAUGCUGCUGAAGCGGCCCAGGCGGCCCAGGCUUUGUACCAUCAUCAACAGCACUUGCACGAUGUUGGCGGAGGGGAGUAUAAUAUUCAGAUUCCCGAGCCCAUUAUUGAUCUGAGGCUGAAGAUAUACCCUGUGCUGGAGAAUACCAUUACUAAUGAGGGUAACUUGAUUACUCGUCCAUUCCCAGAACAGAUGUUCCAUACCAGGGAGGAGUUGAACGACUUCAUUUCUGAAUUUGCACGGGAUAACGGGUUUGGCAUAGUUAUUGCUCAUUCUAAUAGGAAAGCAAUCUACUAUACUUGUGAGUUGGGUGGUCGCUACCGCCACAAAAAGGGUAAGACGAUCCAACAACAACAAGAGGAGGAGGCUGCCGAGAGAGAACUCAACGAUGCCGGUACAGGCUAUGUUUUGGACUCUCACGCUAGAACUAAGAAGUUGCGUUGUCCAUUCUCUAUGACAGCGUCUUUCAGAAAAUCAAACUCCAUCUGGUCCCUUAGAACAACAUGCAACGAGCAUAACCACCCUCAACUCGAUCCGUUGUCGAACCAUCCAAUGUUGCGUAAGCGUUCGGAUGAGUUGAAUUUGCUUAUUUUGGACUUGUAUAAGGUGGGCACGAAGCCAUCGCACAUUGAAGCCAAAAUCAAGCAUCAGUUCCCUGACGUUUUAAUCAAAAGAGAAGACAUUUAUAACGAAAUCCGUGGCUACAAGAGAAAGCUCAAGAAACUGAACAAGUACUUGCCUGCGGGCGUGACUCCUCAAGGUGUCAAGAGACGCCGGAACGCUGCUCUGUACCACGAGGUCAUGGAUGGCGACGACGACGAUGAACACGAUGAAGUUCUUCUGUAUGAAUUGGAUAGACAGCGUCAUGAAGAGUUGCAACGCCAGAUCCAGGCCGCCGAAGACGUCCACAAUUCCCACCACCAUCAUCACCACGAGGACCUUCCUCACUCACUCUCGCAUCAUCUGCAUCACUUGGACGAACAGCAGCUACAGCACUACCAGCAGCAGUUGCAGGAACAUGGUCUUCACGAUUCUGACCAUAACGAUAACACUGCUGCUGCUGCUAUCGCUGCUGUUGCCAACGCCGCUCACGGCAACUCCAAUAGCGAUCUUACCAUUGACAAUAUCGACAGCCGCUUGGUUGGCGACUAG